AUGGCCGCCGUCUCAGCAACAGAAGACGAUCUCUAUGGAGGUUUCGAUGCCUACGAUCAUGCGUACGAUACUGAGCAUCUCGCUCAAGAUCGUUCCUUUCAACAAGCAGUGGCUAGAUCAAGUCACGGACGCCGACCAACCACAUCGAUGGCAGGCCGAGCCCCAUCGGCGUUUGGCAUGGCGCCACGUUCCAGCUAUGGAGGAGGAGUUUCCUCAUAUGGAAUUCAGAGUCGAACCGGAAGAACAUCGUUCGCAACCAGAAAUGAGCCAGCCAGACCGAUGACCGCCGUAAGAGCCGCCGGAUAUACCUCAUUCGCCAAUAAAGUUCAAGCUGCCGAAUCAGCCACAGUAUCCGAUGCGAAAAGCACAGACACAAUAGAGCAGAAAUGCAAGGAAAUGGAGCAACGAGUGAUGGAUAUGUUAAAGGAAAGCGUAUUCGCCGCCGAAAAGCGAAGUCUCAAAGAGGCUUUGGAUAAAGCAAAGGAGGCUGGUCGACGUGAACGAGCAGUCGUCAAAUAUCGAGAGCAGCAGGACGUGGUAGAAUCAAUGAAUAUCGACUUGACGUUUACCGUACUGUUCAAUUUGGCUCAACAGUACAUGGCAAAUGAUAUGGCGAACGAGGCUCUUAAUACUUAUCAGAUCAUUGUAAAGAAUAAAAUGUUCCCGAAUUCUGGUCGUCUGAAGGUCAACAUUGGCAAUAUAUAUUUCAAGAAAAAGGAUUACAACAAAGCAAUAAAGUACUACCGCAUGGCCUUGGAUCAGGUGCCAAGUAUACAAAAAGAGACAAGGUAA